UUUUUUGUCGUUGAAGACCUCGUCGUACUGCACUACAUAUUAAUAUGACCCUCUAUAAAGCCAUAUUUACUGGGUAUUUGGGCUCUAUAGACUCAGUUUUAGUGAAUAAGAGGCAGAUAUUGUGUAUAAAUCACUAUAUUCGGGGCCUAAAUACGACUUCUAAGCAGGUUCAGCAGACAAGUCAAGAAGAAGGAAAAGAAGUAUUUAAGGUGCCUAAAGAGCGGCAAUUCUCAGAAAGAAGACGAUAUAGAUGUCGUUUUGAGUCAUUAAAUGGGUUUAAGAUUUCUCCUUAUGGACGGAAAAAACCAAUAAAAGACAUAAAAAAACUAGAAGAAGCGGUUAAAACAGCUAUUAUUAAGUCUACGGAUGGUAAGAAUGAUGGAUCGUCACAGAUAAUACUAGAGGAAGACCAGUCUUUUAAGCUUCGUAUGGUACGAGCUUUAUAUAAAGAAACAGGGCAUCGAUUGCCAGACAAUGUUAUUACAAAGGUUAAAAGUGUAUCAAGUAUUCUUAAGUAUUAUAAACAGGCAAUUAAUGAAUUAAAACGGAAGAAAGAUGAUCCUCCAGUGAAUAAACAGUUAUUUAAGGGUAGUAAUGUUUAUAUUGAGACAUAAAGAACAUAUAAUUAAGGAAAUAUGUUGUAUAAUAUUGAAAGAUU